AUGGGUGCCUCAGCGACGCCCACCGCAGAAAACAUUACCCUGGCGGAAUUUCAGAAGGCCCUUGGCCGAUACGAGCAGAUGAUAGAUGCAGUAUCUGUCUCAAAGGGUGCGAAACCGGGCCAAAAGACGCUCGCAGAACUGGACCGAUAUCGAUAUGUGGAGGCACCGAAGCUCUUCUCGCUGGCCAAGCCCACGCAGACCAUGCGACUUGAUCACGUCAAAACUUUAGUUGAGUGGAAGCUAAAACAUGGGACGUUUCGACCAACUCUAUUGAAGCUUGUGUCAUCCAACGAUGAGUCGUUUGUUGAAGAUACGGUCAAGAGCGCAGUGGGCUCAUAUUUGCAGAAGAAGGACGCAUCGGCGGCUGUUGGCAUCUUAACGAAUCUGAAAGGAAUCGGACCAGCCACAGCAUCCCUUCUUCUCGCAAUAUACGACCCGGAGAAGGUCAUCUUCUUCGCGGACGAGGCCUUCUACUGGCUCUGCUGCAAUGGCAGCCGAAGUCCCAUCAAGUACAACGCGAAGGAGUACAAGCAACUCGACCAGAGCUCACACGAUCUGGUCGGUCGGCUCCAUGUGAAGGCAGUGGACGUAGAACGGGUCGCCUACGUACUGAUGAACGAGUCCGACUCGAGUCCACGGACGGAAGAGCCAGCACUGGUCAAAAAGAAGGUGGCGAAGACGGACUCAGCUGCCCCUGCCAAGAGGAAGCAAGACACAGUUGUAGAUGGCGCACCCGCUCCCCACGAGGUACUAUCCCUUCCUGGGAUGCUGGCUAAAAUCAAGGAGGACCUUCUCCUUGGAAACGAAGCUGCUCUCACAAGGUCAUGGGAACGACUGCUCCAUCAGCUUAGGGAGGAAGUCAAGAUUGUUACUGAGGGAGGCCCAAAAGGUAAUAUUCCUACGAUCGAAUUUGAGGAUCUUAGUAUUCCUACCAGGGCGGAACCCUUCCUGGAGAGUCUCAAGACAGAGGGAGCAGCAGUGAUCCACCACAUUGUUUCCGAGGAUGAAGCAGGGACAUGGACUGAGAGUUUGGACGAGUACCUUCGCUAUAAUCCUCAUACGAAAGUCUCCCCGCCAGAACACCCGGAGGUGUACGAGCUCUUCUGGAGCCUGGCUCAGCUGAGCGCUCGAGCUCAUCCCAAUAUGCUUGCGGCCCAGAAGAUCCUCAUGGGUCACUGCUGGAAGCAUACCGCCGCCUCUGGAUCUACAGCAGCCUCGACCAAUCAUCCCGUGGUUUAUGCUGAUCAACUUCGGUUCAUCUGUGACUGCUGCUCUGGACCACCACCAGCAGAAACCUCUCUUUCGACGAUCAGUGCGCAAGUGGACGGUGGCAGUGUCGAGAGGUGGGAAGAAGAUGGCUCUCAUGGGCACCCGAAAACCAGGACAUACCACAAAAUCUGGUCCGGCGAGUGGGAGGAUUAUGAUCCAUGGGACACCAGUGCCCGCCUGGCCGCCACCAGCAACCGUUCUUCCCACAGCGAGUUCGCUGGUAAUGUGUUCAAGAUGUUCCACGGCAUGUUGGCACUCAACCCAACAGAAAUCCCACCCAUGCGCUUUUGCACGCUCCCACUCAAGCUGGUCACGGCAUACUGGCUGCUGAGACCAUUCUUCUCGCCCAAGAGGCCCCUCAGCGGAGUCAAGGGCCAGAAUACAGAGGUCUUCCUGAGCCCCUCAAACUGGGCACUCGACAUCCUCCAGAGCCCUGUCAUCCAUGGAGCACACCCGUCCCACACACAGGAAAUCAACACCAUCCUGCAUCCUCACCUCCAGCUCGACAAGACCCUCACGCCCCUGCCGCGCCUGAAACCAGGAGACCUCGUCAUCUGGCACCCAGACACCAUCCACGCCGACGUCCCCUCCCCCUCCUGCACCCACACCCCCGUGCCCCAGUCCCCCUGCAGCCCGCAGCAAGACGCCACCGACGCCGCGCCCCCUCCCCUCUCGCCGUCUACAUUCCUCUACAUCCCCACCUGUCCGCUGACCCGGACCAACGCGCACUUCCUCGCCCGCCAGCGCAAAGCCUUCGUCCUCGGCCUGCCCGGCCCGGACUUUGCCCCGCCGCCGCAUCUGCGCGGCCAGGACGGUGGUGAUGAUAGUAUUGGCGAGACCAACCAUAUGGGACGGCCCGGCGUGCAGGAGGUUUAUGAGGCGGGCGGGCAUGCGGCUCUGCGGGCGAUGGGGCUGUUGGCUUGGGAUGAGGACGGGGUGGCGGAGGAGAAGGAGGGGGAGAGGGAGCUGCUGGCCAUGGCGAAUGGCAUCCUGUUUCCCCGGGAAGGGGGGAACUUCAGAUAG